GCGGCCCCCGGCCCCGCGUGGCGGCGCGGCGCGGGCGGCAGCAUGGUGGAGAAGCGCUGCCCGUUGCAGAGGGACGGCGUGUACCGCUGGUUCUCGGAGCUGCCGUCGCCGCAGCGCGUAGAGUUCCUCUGCGGCCUGCUGGACCUGUGCAUCCCGCUCGAGCUGCGCUUCCUCGGCUCGUGCCUCGAGGACCUGGCCCGCAAGGACUACCACUCGCUGCGCGACUCGGAGAUCAAGGCCAACAACCCGGCCGACCUGGGCAGCCUCACCAACCUGACAGACGAGGUGGUGCGCAGCAAACUGCUCGUGUCGCUGGCGCUGCUGGGCUCGGAGCAGCGCGAGGCGGCGGGCGUGCUCUACCGCACGCUCACGCACAUCGACUCCAUCAUCCACAACUACGGGCUGCAGCUCAACGAGGGCCGCACAGGCGAUGAGUUCCUGCUGCUCUUCACCAUGGCCUCCAACCACCCGGCCUUCAGCUUCCACCAGAAGCAGGUGCUGCGCCAGGAGCUCACGCAGAUCCAGAGCAGCCUGAGCGGCGGCGGCGGCGGCGGCGGGGGCCCCGGGGGCAAGAGCGCGCUGCCCACAUGCCCGGCCUGCCACAAGGUCACUCCCAGGACGGAGACCCCCGUCAGCAGUGUCGGUAACAGUUUGGAGAACGCCCUGCACACAUCCGCGCAUUCCACUGAGGAGUCGCUGCCCAAGAGGCCUGGAGGGAAGCACUCCAGAGUGAGUGUUGAAAAGAUAGACCUGAAGGGAUUAUCACACAAAAAAAAUGAAAGAAAUGUUGAAUGUUCCUUUGAGGUCUUGUGGUCUGAUUCUUCAGUAACAUCAGUAACCAAAUCUUCCUCUGAAGUGACUGAAUUUAUUUCAAAGUUAUCUCAGCUGUGUCCUGAAGAAAAUUUGGAGAAAUUCAUUCCUUGCUUAGCUGGCCCAGAUGCAUUCUAUGUAGAGCGAAACCACAUGGAUCUGGAAGCGGACCUGAGGUAUUUGGCUUCAUUACCUUCUCACAUAUUAAAAAAUGACCAUGUUAAGAAAUUUUUCAGCACUUCAUCUCCCACCCAACAGCUUCAAAGUCCAAGUCCUGGCAACCCUUCCCUGUCUAAAGUCGGUACCAUGAUGGGCGUGUCUGGAAGGCCUGUGUGCGGAGUGGCCGGCAUCCCGUCGUCUCAGGGCGGCGCCCAGCAUCACGUGCAGCACUCGGCCAGCACGUCCGCCUUGCCCCACUGCUCGCACGCGGGGGGUGCAGGCUCAGCUCUGGCCUACCGGACCCCGAUGGACAGCUCGCCCGCUAUCUUGAUGCCUUCCAGCCUGCAGGCCCCGCAGACCCAGGAGCAAAAUGGGAUUUUAGACUGGCUUCGGAAACUGCGUUUGCACAAGUACUACCCCGUCUUUAAACAGCUCACGAUGGAGAAGUUUCUGAGCCUUACGGAAGAAGAUCUAAAUAAAUUUGAAUCCCUCACCAUGGGAGCAAAGAAGAAGCUCAAGACUCAGCUGGAGUUGGAGAAGGAGAAGUCAGAGAAACGGUGCCUGAACCCCUCGGCCCCUCCCCCAGUCAGCAGCAGCGGAGUGGCCCGCGUUCCCCCCACCAGCCACGUGGGGCCUGUGCAGCCGGUGCGAAGCAGCCAUGCUGCAGCACUGCGGGUGGAGGUGGCGCAGCCCCCGCACCAGACGGCCCGGGAAGGCAGCUCCUCUGAAUGUUCCAGCUCCUCGCCCAGCCCGAUGGGCGUGCAGGCCCGGGAAGAGAGCUCGGACAGCGCGGAGGAGAACGACAGACGUGUGGAGAUCCACUUGGAGGGCUCUGACAAGGAGAAGCCUGUGAUGCUGCUGAACCAUUUCACUUCAAGUUCCGCCAGGCCCACAGCCCAGGUCCUCCCCGUGCAGAACGAAGCAGGCUCCAAUCCGUCGGGCCACCACCCGCUGCCCCCGCAGAUGAUGACGGCGGCCUCGCACAUCGCGCCCAUCCGGAUGCUGAACUCCGUGCACAAGGCGGAGAGGGGGGGCGCGGACAUGAAGCUCCUCUCGUCCUCUGUGCACUCGCUGCUGUCUCUCGAGGAGCGCAGUAAAGUCUCUGGACCAAGAAGCGGCAUCAAAGUGGACAAGAACUUUGGCAGCACCAUGAUGGACAUGCUACCCGCGUCCACCCCCCAUCAGCCCAUGCAGGUCCUUUCUGGACUCACCGAGAGCAGCUCUGUGUCGCCCACCGUCUCCUUUGGUCCCCGCACCAAAGUCGUCCACGCUUCCGCCCUCGACAGGGUGAUGAAGCCGGCACAGCAGCCGGCCCUGGUGGUGGAGACCAGCACUGCUGCCGCAGGGACGUCCAGCACCGUCUUCCAUGUGGCUCGGCCACCCAUCAAACUUCUGGUGUCUUCAUCUGUCCCUGCAGACUCUGCCGUGUCUGGGCAAACGUCCUGUUCCGGCAACGUGCAAAUAAGCGUGCCCCCUGCCAUAAUAAACCCUCGGACUGCUCUGUACACAGCCAACACCAAAGCUGCCUUCUCUGCGAUGAGCAGUGUGCCCGUGGGCCCCCUGCAGGGCAGCUUCUGCGCAAACAGCAACACUGCCUCUGCCGGUAGCCACCCUGCCACGUCCUUUGCAAACAUGGCCACCGUGCCCAGCUGCCCCGCCCCCAGCUCCAGCCCCGCACUCUCCUCGGUCCCCGAAAGCAGCUUCUAUAGCAGCAGUGGCGGCGGCGGCGGCGGCGGCGGCGGCUCCCCCGGAAACCUCCCCGCCUCGGCCCAGAACCACCACCACCACCACCACCAUCAGCAGCAGCCGGCGCCCCAGCAGCCCGCGCCUGCCCCGCCCCCCGGCUGCGUCGUGUGCACGUCCUGCGGCUGCAGCGGGAGCUGCGGCUCGAGCGGCCUAACUGUCAGCUACGCCAACUACUUCCAGCACCCGUUCUCGGGGCCGUCCGUCUUCCCCUUCCCGUUCCUGCCGUUCAGUCCCAUGUGCGGCAGUGGCUACGUGGGCGCCCAGCAGUACGGCGGCGGCGCCUUCCCGGUCGUGCACUCGCCCUACAGCAGCGGCGUGGGCCCCGAGCCCGUGCUGGGCGGCCAGUCGGCCUUCACCGUCCCGCCCGUGCAGAACUUCAUGGGGGCGGCGGGCGUCUACCAGGCCCAGGGCUUGGUGGGUAGUAGCAACGGCUCCAGUCACAAAAAGAGCGGGAAUCUGUCGUGUUACAACUGUGGGGCCACCGGUCACCGCGCUCAGGACUGCAAGCAGCCGUCCAUGGACUUCAACCGGCAAGGUACUUUUAGGUUGAAAUAUGCCCCUCCAGCAGAAAGUCUGGACUCCACAGAUUGAUAUUUUUCUCUGGCAACAGAACACUAUUAAGCCAUGGAGACCUAAGGAAAAUUAAAUACAAAACUGAGAAGUCUAGUUGCUGUUGAGCUCAAUAUUUUUAAUCCAAAGGUGCUUUACUUUACUAGACUGGAUAGAAAACCUAGCGUAGGAAUGCAUCAAACUCAGUUUUAUUGCCAAAAUCCUAGACGGGAGCUUGAUGUCAGGACUGGCCUAGUGGGUAUCUCCACUGUGGGUGAAAGUUGGCCACCUCCACCCUUGGUUGCAAUGCAGAGACCUCCCGUCUCCUGAAGAGCAUUGCCGUAAUUGGUCCUUCUAGGCUCACACGUAAUUCCAGGGCAGCUACGUGAGGUUGGAAUCGAGAACUGAAGGUCGGAGUUCUCCAAGUGGAGUUCUACCAGUCGGACUCUUGACACCCCUGGUGAGGGAAAAUGUCGCCUUUGUUUUGUUCUGUUCUGUUCUGUUUCGUUCUUAAAGUGGUUAGGCACUAAUCUCUGGGCUUUUUAAGGAUUGCACUACCGAAGAAUGUAAACCGAUGUCCAUCUCUGCAGUUCUGGGAGACAAACUCCCUGAGACCAGUCAGUGCAAGACGCUCAGAGAAUCCGUUCUUAGAGUCCGCACCAGCAGGCUACACGAUUUAGUACACAACAGAGAUUUUAGUAUUUCCUUCCCUCCUUAAAAGCACUUGUAGCAGUUUCAGGGUUUUUUUUUCUUUUUUUUUUUUUCCUGCAAAUAAAUUUAAACUACAUUAUUAAAUAGAAAUAGUUACUUGCAACAACUUAAUUUCUAAAAGGGUCCAAGUCCCAGAGAAUCCCUAGUAGUCAAAGCUUUGAGGACACCUUCCUUCCCAGCCCUUCCGAGCUUUGAGUCCUGUCGUCUUCCACCACGAAGGAACUCUGGCAGAGACGCGAUAGCGGCACACCUCGUGAGCGGCACUCAUGGAUGCUGCACGUCCUUAGCCAAGUUUGCAAGUUCUUUUAUCUCCCAUGGACUUCCCAAGGACCCCAAGGCUCACUGCUAAUGGAUUCACACUUGAGACAGACAUUUCAACAACAAUAAUACAGUCCUAUAAUCUCUGAGCAAACGAUUGGAAAUUUUCUCCUGUCAACUUCUUUUGUAUUAGGCCGUGUAUCAAUAGUUAGUUCCGUUAAAAAUUACCUGGAAAACUACAAUAGAAAGUGGUAAGACUCUGAAAGAGAAUACACUGACAGGACAGAGCUACAAGAUCUGCAGAAGUCUAGUUUUACCAAGGUGGGAAAUAAAGUCCACCACACAGCUCUCAAUUUCACCCCACUGCAAUGAGAGCUUUUGGUCCGAAAGUUAGGGACUUAAAGCUUCCAGGCUAAAGGGAAUUUUCUGCUCAAACAAUAUUGUUUUAAAUGCUAAAGCCUUCAAUAUUAAAAUAUUGAUUGGUAAGGUCUUGCCCAGGGAUUUUCCAGUUGAAUAUUUAUUUAAAAAAAGAAAAUCACAAUACUCAGACCACUCUUAAAAUGGGACAAUCAGCCUCAUGUAAAAUUGGUGUAAAUCAAAAGAAUACCCUAGAAUUUGAGGCAUUGUGAUGUAAGGCUUCAAAUUUUGAGAUCAGUUUCCUGCUUCAUGGAAACUAAAGCAGAAAGUUGUUACAUUUUUUUAAUGAAAGGCUUUUAGUAGAGUUUUUAAGAGUUUUAUUUUAGUAGAGUUUUAUUUCUAUGCAAUGCAGAAUUGACAGACCUCUGUAUUCUUCUCUCUCUUCCUGGUACACAGUAUUACAUACAGUUUUGAAGUAAUGAUGAUGCUUACAACAGCAUUUUGGGGGAAUGUUACAUUGAUCUCUUAAAUUAUAAACACUACAAAAUGUCAAAAUUACGAGAACUGACACAACUUUGCCUUAAAGAGUACUAGACUGGAACUUGUCAUAUUAUGUUUAAGGAAGACUUAGAGUGUUCAUUGAUGUUUACGAUUUUAAUAUUUCUGAAGGCCCUUACAGUGGCCUGGAUAUGUGCUGAAAGCCAAACUUUUAAAAUUUUUGGUUUUUUAAACAAAGAACUAUUUUAAAUAAAUCCUAUUUCAACACAGUGAAACUGUUGAAAACCGUCUCAUAACAAAAGAAAAAAAUCAUAUUUAGGUUUUUUGUUUUAGUGGUCAGUAUUGGGGAAUGAAAGUGUGUCUGUUGUUACCCUUAUAACUGUUUUGAUAAAUAUUAGAGGUUAGCGUUAAAUACGACAAAAAAUUAAAACGAACUUCAGUUUGAAGUAUGACAUUCAAAUUGAGGGAAAUAAGUUCAGACAUUGUGUGGCUGUGUUCCAGUCAUCAGAGGUCUUAGAGAAACUUCCAGCUGUCUUUGAAAGUGCAUGUGCAGAGUGACGUCUCCAGUGAGGCCGUUCCGAGUUGAGAGUGGUAAAACGUAAAUGUGAGACACCAGGACACAAAGCAUUCAGCUGCCGCUCCGUGAGACCUCUUCCCAAGUGAAUCCCAUACUUGAACUUGGGAAUAUUUGCUAGCAGUAUUCUCUGAUGAAAUUUCUCUCCAGAAGCAACCACAGUCAGUGAGCCUAAAGAGCAUUUGGCAUUUCCUCAGAGGACGUCCUCAUCAGCUAGAAACACAGAUCAGACUGACCCUUGCAACUACUUAUUUUCCUGAAAUUGUGGGCUCAGUUUCCAAAUGCUGUGGCAACCAGGUAGGUGUGGCACCAGCCACUUUGCUCUGUGUAGUCUGUCAUAUUUUAAAGUUUCUAACCCCAUUUUUUAUCUCCAAGAAUGGGGAAAGUGGAAUGUACAGAUUGAAGUAGAAUACAACGUUGGGAUAAAACACUAAUCUUUUUUUUUUUUUUUUAAAGCAGAACACUCAAUUUUCUACC